CUCCGAUUGGUCGGAUCGGGAGCCCCGCCCCCCAGGUGACGUCACGGCGGGCUGGCGGUAUAUAUAUGCUCGAGCCGCGGCGCGCUGCGAUCAAUCCCGAGGUUUCUCAGAGGUAAAAUGUGUCGUCCCGAUUCACAGCCAGUCACCGCAGAUUCGCUCGCCUUCUCCGCGUUCAAACGUGCCGCAGCCCUGCCGAUAGGACACUCCGAGCUCAUCCCUGAGAGGCGCUUUAGUAAAAAGCGUUCGUCCAUCGGCUGAUUAUUGCUGAGCCCGAGGCCCACAGACUCACACACCGGGACAGCGGGGCGAGACACAUGCCGAAAUCCAAGAAGAGGAGCGGCCGCGCCGCCGGUGAGUGAGGGGGGAAAGGCCUGAUUGCGGUGUUUGCAGGGGGCGCGGGGGCUGCCGGGAGUUGUAGUCCAGCAGCGCCAUGCUGUGGGGAGGCUUACGUGGCCCGCGCUCUCUGGGCGGAACUACAAGUCCCGUGAGCCUGUGCGCGCCGGCCAGCCGGUCUUUACCGGCAUUCGGGCGUGUGUGAGGGAGCUGUGGCUAGUAGCCGGGGGUUUGGCUACUGAUAAGGCCAGCGUGGCUCCAUGUAUGAGCUGCUCCUUAUUGGUGCCCGUUACAGCCCCCCAGGGGGAUCAGGCAGGAGCUAUGGGUGGAUUGGGGGGUUUAAAGGGACCAUGCCUGGCUGGGGGGAAUCAGGCAGGAGCUAUGGGGGGGAUUGUGGGGUUUAAAGGGACCAUGCCUGGGUGGGGGUGGGGAUCAGGCAGGAGCCAUGGGGGGGGGGAGGAAAUCAGGCAGGAGCUAUGGGGAUUGUGGGGUUUAAAGGGACCAUGCCUGGCUGGGGGAAUCAGGCAGGAGCCAUGGGGGUUUAAAGGGACCAUGCCUGGCUGGGGGAUCAGGCAGGAGCUAUGGGGGAUUGUGGGGUUUAAAGGGAACGUGCCUGGCUGGGGGUGGGGAUCAGGCAGGAGCCAUGGGGGGUUUAAAGGGACCAUGCCUGGCUGGGGGGAUCAGGCAGGAGCUAUGGGGGGAUUGUGGGGUUUAAAGGGAACGUGCCUGGCUGGGGGUGGGGAUCAGGCAGGAGCCAUGGGGGGAUUGUGGGGUUUAAAGGGACCGUGCCUGGCUGGGGGUAGGGAUCAGGCAGGAGUCACGGGGGAUUGUGGGAUUUAAAGGGAACAUGCCUGGCUGGGGGUGGGGAUCAGGCAGGUGCCAUGGGGAUUGUAGGUUUUAAAGGGAACAUGCCUGGCUCGGGCUGCUGUCCUGGUGCUGACGUGGAGUGUUGGUCUGUGUGCCAUGGCUGGGCCCUUUAAUACAGGCCCUGUAUAGCACUUCUCCAUUAGUCCACCAUGGAUGAUAACCUUGGCACAUCCAGCUCCAUUCCCCAUCAUACCCAGCUCUGACUCACUGAUACUGAGACAUGUACUAAGACACUGGCCACACUAGUUAUUUAUAGAGCAUUGUACUAGUUACUGGAAACAUCCACAUAGCUAUUAAGGACAUCAACCCUGAGGAUGCCAAGGUUCGCCAUCUAUGGCUUUUAAAAUGUGGGAAUUAAAAAUCUGUGGGUGGGUUGCAGCUAUUAUAUAAAUUAAAAAAAAAAAAACUAAACAUGCUUAUUUUGACAUCUGCAUCGGAUUACAGAUGUUUUUUGGGAUGUGUGGGUAGCAGGGCAUGGACUUUUUAAAAAAAAAAUAAAAUUAAGAAAUACAUUUCAUGUGCUUGUGCAAUUUUGAUUUCUACUUCCUUCUCUAUAGAUUGUUGUGCUAAUUUGCCAGUUAAGUCUUUUGUAACUAAUGACUUUGUGUAAACGUUUUGGAUUUCUGUUGAAAAUCCUUUUUAAUCACGAAUAAAAGAAUUGUGCCAGGGGACUCCAGGCAUUAUAUCAGAUUUUAUUGCCAUUUGUAUAGCGCCAACAGAUUCCGUAGCGUUUUACGAUAUUUAUGAACAUGAAUGUUUCCAGUGCCUGUGUCACUUACAGAGCAGUAGCUUGGAAAAGUUUAAAAAAAGUGUGCUGUCAAAUCCCAGGUUAGGCAGCAUUAUAAACACUCCUUGACUUGCAAGGACAGACUUUUUUGCCACAGCAUCAUUAGCUGUAGUGGUUCUGCUGCCCAGAGCUUUGAAACAUGUUCUUCACCUCCUCAUACUUGUGCAGAGAAACAGGACGUUUAAAAUAGAAAAAUCCCCCAAUAAAGAGGAAAGCAGUGAGAACCCUUUAAAAUCCAUUUGAUUUGUAAAGGAUUUGACUGUUUUCCUUAGUAUUUUUUUUAUUCUAUUCCAUAUAAGUUAUGGUUAUGCCCUUCACCAGGAUGUCUACUUUGGGAGAUUUUUUUUUUAAUGGGGCGCUUGGUGGCUUUAUAGGGGGCUGAUGCAUGCAAUAUUUAUCUAUGUAGGUUACUUGUCAGAAUAGAAUCUCACCCUAGAAGUUAUGCGGGAACUCUAGUUUUUUUCAGUACUAAACCUCCCUUGAUUAUUUGAAUGAAAUGGCCAGAGAAUCAAGGGAGUUGUAGUUAAGCAAUAUGUGGAGGUCCAGAAUCAAUAAAAAUUGAGUGAUCCAUACUUGCAAGUGUAAAUAAACAAAACAAGACCUAAACAAUGCAUCCAGCUGUGUUGUAAAUGUCCUGCGACUUUUAAAUCUCUGCAUAUCGUCUAAAUGUUUUAGAUUCAGUGUAUGUAAAUAUACUUUUUCAGAGGCAAAUAUUAUCACCAUCCCAAAUCAAAUUUAAAGGGACACUAUUUGCACCCAGACCACUUCAUCUCAUUGAAGUCUUAGAUUAACUAAACGUUUACAUUGCAGUGUCUAGCAGACAGCCACUAGAGGCACUUCCUGCAGUUUCAUGUAGUUUGACAUCGUGAAACAGCACUGAAUGUCGUCACAUUCUGUCUGAAGAUAUCCAGCGUGUUGAAAACUCCUUAGGGAAGCAUUUAUUCAAUGUUUUUCUAUAGGAAAGGCCUAAUGCAAUAGCUGAACAUGGUCAUUGGGUCACCUCCGCUGCCUGACAGGCGGAGCAUAACCCAUUGCCAGGGGACAUCGGCACUUAAAGGACCACUAUAGUGCCAGGAAAACAUACUCGUUUUCCUGGCACUAUAGUGCCCCCAGUCUCAGGGUCCCCCUCCCGCCCGGCUCUGGAAGGGGGAAAGGGGUUUAAACUUACCUUUUUCCAGCGCUGGGCGGAGAGCUCUCCUCCUCCGAUCUGCCCCGUCGGCUGAAUGCGCACGCGCGGCAAGAGCUGCGUGCGCAUUCAGCCAGUCACAUAGGAAAGCAUUCAUAAUGCUUUCCUAUGGACGCUGGCGUGCUCUCACUGUGAAAAUCACAGUGAGAAGCACGCAAGCGCCUCUAGCGGCUGUCAAUGAGACAGCCGCUAGAGGGAAUGGGGGAAGGCUUAACCCAUUCAUGAACAUAGCAGUUUUUCUCUGAAACUGCUGUUUAUUAAAAAAUGGGUUAACCCUAGCUGGACCUGGCACCCAGACCACUUCAUUAAGCUGAAGUGGUCUGAGUGCCUAGAGUGGUCCUUUAAAUCAAGAAGUGACAUAACUGUCUUUAGCCCUUUCUCAGCUUAGGGAGAGUGGCUACUAUAAUGCUAGGAAUACAACUUUGUCACACAUUCAAGAAGUCAUGGGAAAGAAUAUAGAUUUACCAGGGGAAUUCAAAGUUGGGUGACUGGAUAGGUAGGACCUAACCCAGCUAAAAAAAGCUGCAUCUCAAACCACUAUGGAAUAGACAAGGUCAGGAAAGUUUUUAUGCUUUAUAUAAUCUCUUUACAUGGCCGUAAAGGGGGUGGGCGGCAGAGAAACAGUGGAGUUACGAAUACAACUUUGUAUUCUGAACACACUAGUGGAUUUUUUUUAAUGUUUACAUGAUGGCAUUAUUUUACUAUAAGGUGUAAAUCGUCCUAAUAGUAUCUUGUCCUUAUGUGUCAUGUCUUUACAUGGGGCUAAUAUAUAAUAUUCAUUACUUAUCUCUGAAGCAGCAUCUCUAAUCAGUUAGGUUUUUUAAUCCUAUUUUCUACUUUGUUCACUUAAUCUUUGCUUUUGUGUGCUUGGCUGCAUUGAGAAAUCAUGUUAGUCUUGCUUAUCUCCUCCUUUCUUUAGCAGGUUAAAACUAUUAUCAGUAGGGUUUGAAAUGCAAUUAAUUUCACAAGUAAUUGGGACCCUCAAGGAUUCCCCAAACUCCAGCCCUCCAGAUGUUGCUGAACUACAACUCCCAUGACUCUAUGAAUGAAAUAGAUAGGCUGAGAAUCAUGGGUGUUGUAGUUCAGCAACAUCUGGAGAGCCAGAGUUUGGGGAAGCCUGACCCAUCCAGUUUAUUUACUAAACUGGGAAUUAUGUGCAAUAUUUACAAGGCCCAAUAUAGGAUGUUGGAGGCCAAAAUAACAGAAUUGCUGAAGUAGUGAUGUUGGUGAAUAUUUGCAACUCAGUGUAUUGGCUUUAAACUGGUAACUCCAUUAGAAUUCUAUAAAAUUUUUACUUUGGGGUAAACUCUAAAAGUGCGUGUGUUUAUAAGUUACUUGUGACGUGGGUAAUAAAAUAUAUUGAGCUAGAUCCUUCACUAGGCAAAAACUGUUAAAAUUUCCUGAAUCCCAUAAACUUUUGUGCAUCAAGUCAGACAUAAAAGCUUGUCAUAAGUAUGUAUUGAGUGAUUGUCAUAAUUUAAAGGAACACAAUAAUGAAGGAAAAUGUGUUCCUGUCACUAUAGCUGUAAUAUAACUGUGGGCCCUCAGCCCGCCUGUCUAAUUUAAAUGGUGAGUUUAUUCACCUUUAUUACAGUGCCACGUGGGUCUGCCCCAAUCUGCCUGCUUGGCUGAGAUCAUCAAAAUUGGCUCUCGGUCAAUACAUGCUUUUGUGCAUGUGCAGCUAAGCACCGCACUGGCCAAUCGGCAUCUCCUCAUAAAGAUGCAUUGAAUCAGUACAACUCUAUGGGGAAUGUUUAGUGUCUCCAAGCACUGCUUUUCUCUGAAAGGGUAGUGUUUACAUUAAAACGCCUGCAGUGGCAUGCAAUAGACGCUAUAACUUCAUUAAGUUGUAGUUGUUCUGGUCACUAUAGUGUGUUUUCAUUGACAUCUGUACAUAGGUCUACAUUUAUUUUACAUCCAUCAAAGAAACACUAGAACGUUAAAUAGAGGUGUCUGUAAUGUUGGUGUUUCUUGCUUUGUUUAGGUUACUACUCUUACAUGGGUGGGGCAGGGCUGACAAUUGUCUGAGGAAAAUUAGCUGACUGGUUUGCAGAGCGUAAGCACAUAAAGUGUUGCUUCAGAGUCAAACUCUGUGACCCUCCAGGAAGCACCUUUAGUGGCUAGUGCUAGACUGCUACUAAAGGCAAUCUUAGUCCUGCAAUGAUUCACUGAUUCUGUAAAACUACAAUGUUUUACAUGGCUGGACUAAGGGGACUGACGGUGCACCCAGACCACUUUAAUGAGAUGAAGCGGUCUGGGUGCCUAUAGUGUAGAAGCCCCUUCUUAAGGGCUUCUAUUUAUUAUGGGAUGCAGUGAAAAACACAUCUACAUAAACAGUGUUUUUUAACUAUAUUACUUGAACCAGUGCUGAUAUUACAGGUAUUGGAUGCUGUCUCAUAAUGCAAAUCAUGUUUUAAAACAUACUCAAAGGGCAAUAACCACUUUCUAAACAGUUGAUGUUGAACCAGGUAUAAUGAUAGCUGCCUGUUAGCACCAUAACCAAUGUAAUGUUGUCGUGUUUAUGCUUGGUGUCCCUUUAAGGCAGCGGUAUAGAUUCUUGCGAAUCAUUAGUCUGUGCUUACUCAUGCUCUUUGACUGGAUGAGAUAAAGGGGCUUGGUGCUAACAGCUGAUGUGCCUGUCAUAGUUCUUGUGUUCAUAGUUGAUGACAGAAGCUAGCUCUUUAAUGGAAUGAACUCUAUGUGAGUAUGCAAUAAUUAAACGUUACUCAGCUGUUUAAAUGCUUGGUGGGUCUCAUUAAGGAUACCUAAAGAUUAUGCUGUUCUUAAUGCAGUGCAACGUGAAAUAACAAAUUUUUAAGACCAGUUUUUGGAUUGGCCAUCCACUAAGGUUUUUUAAAUAACCAAUACUGUAAUAGCCAGGAACUGAUAAGGUAACUCUUCUUGCUUUGUAAUUCAAAUUUUACAACCAUAUUCAUACCAAUUUGUAAUUACCAAUAUUAAGGUUGCUUAAUAAGUAAAUAAGGCUCUACCAAUGGUAAAGUUGUACUUAUUGUACAAUUUCUUUAAAUAAUUUCCCAUUUUUAAAUAGUAUUGGAUCAUUAAUAGUACUUGUAUGUUUACCCCUUUUCCUCGUUUUUGUUUUAUCAUAUUUAAAACUUUCAAUAAAACAUGUGAAAAGAGAGAAUUCUUUAACAGGUUACUAGCUUGCUUUUUUUGUACCUAGUUUGUUUUUAAGGAGAAACUGUGUAUAAUUAUUCGGAUAACAUGACUUUACUACAUUCAGAAACGUAUUGAGAUUUUUCAGAUGACCGGUUUAAUGACUGACUACAGCAUAUUGAGUGCGUUUGCCGCCUUACCCUGGAUUAGUGUGUACACUUAGUCCGCAAACAACUCCUAUGCAAAACACUUUGACUUCAAACCUAAACACCCUUUAUACCAUAAACGUGGACUAAUGACUCCUUUUAAAUUUGAUAUAUUUAUCAUAAUGCAGCUUUUUUUCAACUGUUUUCUUGAUUUUGUUAAAUGUCAUAUUUUGCAAGUAACCCAACCAAUAAUAAGAAUCUAGGAACGUUUGUUGGAUUCAUGCAAAUCUUGUACCUGUAUGAAAUACAGAGUUCUUGUAGGGGUGUUGUGAAGGUAAACGCAAUACUAGGUAGAAUUUACAGUGACUUGGCAAUAGUUGGAAUUGCUGAUGGAUUCGAAUUCUGCUGUUUUCUAUGGGCCACAAUAGAUGUAUUCCUUAAGAUACUAAUUACAUAUGUAGUACUGUGUUAAUGAUGGACUGUAACAAAAUGGCCGGAGGCUGUAGUACAUUCCCGUUUAAGAUGGUCAGUCCUAAUGUAGUCAAUAGAUGGGCCUUUAUAAGAAUAAACUAGCCCCUAUAUGGUGGUGUCAGACUGUAGGCAGCUAAAUUUUUAACUAAAUGUGAAUGUUGAGAAACCUCUGAACAUGUUACUGUUUUUACUAGUUGAAUACUGUGUAGGGCGUGCACAUGUAGAUAUGUGCUAAAAUGACCUUAGCUUGCCAUUAUCUCUGUGCUUCCUGCUCAUUACAAUACUGCAUGACAACUGAUAAUGCUAAGGGGUGAUGCAAAUCAGCAACUAACACUAUCGGCUAUUUAAUGAACAUGUGCAAAGACUUGAGGAGCAUUUGUUGACUCCAAUAUAUACUGAAAUCUAGACUACAUUCCAGUUUUACAGGUAAACCGGGAAUUCGAACUAAGUGUAUUGCUUGCAUUGUUCUUGCCUAUGGUUUAAUUAUUCAAAGAUGCUAUCCUCGUCUAAAUAUCCCAGGGUCAGCUGUUUCUGCAGAGACUGUAAAUGGAAACCUGUCUAUUGUCCGAUCGUUGGACAUGGGAAUGGUCAUGCUAGAGCUUGCCAUGAUUUAAAAAAUCCAGUUGGUUGGAAUGUAUUUGUAGAAUUAAAACACACACUUUCAUGUUUGCACAAAUCAGGAGAUUUUCAGGAUGUGGAACAAAUUGUGUUCUUGCAGCUUUAGUUCUCAGAUAAUUGAAGGCUAAAGUCGUACUGACCAGUUGACUGAAUAUUUUCUUUUUCAUAAUUGUGUGUUCCACUUUCCAACAUGCUUGUACCUUGUGAUGGCUUGGUGAUCAAAUGGAGACACUUUGUCAUUUCAACCGGUUCUUAGAAUAGUUUCUUUGCAUUUGGACCACAAAUUACAGCUAAUAUGGGAACAAGUUUGGUAAAACAGUUGAGCUGUUGGUGCGCCGGUUGUUUCCAUCAAUGCCAAUUACUAUAUGGCUUGGCUUUUAAUUUUAUGCUGUCAUGGUUGCUGAUUUGAUAAAGUUUAAACUAACAUUUGUUUCAAUCUUCAUCUUUAUAGUAGAGUAGUGAAUGUAUCUGCAAUUCAGUGUGUGUGAAAGUUCCUUCUCUUCAAUGUAGACUAGAGGUGCCCAAAAGGUAAUCCCCAGAUCUUGUAGAUCUAAGAGUACCAUGAUGCUUUGCAUGCUCUUAGAAUGAACAAGGAUCAUGGGAGUUGUAGUUUAACUUUUAGGCACCUGUGUGAUUAUUGAAAAUCACACAACUUGUGUAAAUCCGUAUCCUGUAAUGCUAAAGAUUUAGCAAAUAACCUCACAAACUAGUUCCAUCCUGGCACAGCCAGGGCAGACAUUAAAAUGGGGAGAAAUAGAAACUUUUUUGCUGACUGCCAGCUGCAAAGGACAAUACUAUUUAACAAUUGACAGGAAGCUAAAAUGGCAGCACCCAGCUGCGGGGUGGAGUUUUUAUUUUUAUUUUUCACAUCUCACAAACUUGUUACAUGUAGCUAAUAAAUGUGUUAAAAUGCUAGGAAGCAAGUUUCACUUUAAGCUGUCUGAUACUUAUGGUUGUUAGCCUAAACAUACUGAAGUCUGCAGCUUGAUGCCAUUGAAAACCUUUUGUCCUUGUUAUGUAAAGGGACUAACUUUUAUCAUAUCAAAUUCUAGUGCUUUGGGUUUUGUUUUGAAUUUUCUAUUUUAAUUUUAGGUGGCCGGUCCAAAAAUGUACAGCCGUUUAGUGAUGAGGAAUCCUCAAUUGAAACAAUGAGUCGCUGUAGUAGUUUCAGCGAUGUGGCCAGCGUUGCUGAAGAUGGUAUGUCUAAAAAUAAUUGUAAGGGGAAAGGAAAAAAAUUCCUUGGUUUCCAUUUUUUAUUUUUUUACCAUAUCUGUACCCUUUCUCCUGUAGGUGGAGAGGUUGAUGAAGAAGCAACUCAGGAAGACUUUGAAUACAAAAUGAAAGGACUAAUUGAACUCACAACAGACAAGAGGUAUGACGUCUGCUUCAUCUGUAGAAACCCUACAAGAACACCUUUCAGUUUUCAUGUAGCUGCAUAUUUAAAGAAUUUUCCAGCUACAUUUAUGAACUUUAGUUGGAAUCGUUGGUUUUUAAACAUGUUGAUUUCCAUCCACAAUGAAGAAAUCCUGUUUAGAAACUUCCAUCCUAUUAAUGAAGUGGUUGGGAACUUUAUUGAAGGUUCACACUUGUUCAGUGUUGUCAUGGAAUCUCGACUGCAUCCAUUACUUCCUUUUUUUACUUGACUUUGAUUAUAAUUCUUAGAAUGAAGGUUUAGAAACUACACUAAUCUAGACUUAUAAAUUGCUUGUUCAGGUCAGUUUCAUUGGGAUUUACUUGAGACAAACCGUGGCAUUCCUUCUUUUAGAACACUGUAACUUAUAAAUGAUUUUAAAUUGCAAUAGAUUCAUAUUUAAGUUUAUAUCCAGUUUUAGAGGUGAAUUGGUGCUAUUUGAUUAGAGACACUUGCCAAGACCUUCAGGAUUUAGAUUCUUUGUGACCAAAUAAUCUGAUUACAUUUUUUUCUUUUCCUUUAUUUUUUGUAAGAGCAAUAUUCUUUAGCCAUACACAAAUGCCCUACUAUGAGACCAGCAAUAAACACUGCAAAUUUUCUUCCACUUCUUAUAGUGCAAAGACAAGACAAGCUGCACUUGAAGGAUUGAAGGCUGGGAUGUCAUCCAAGUUGUUAAGUGACUUUAUUCUAGAACGAAGAAUAACACUAACUGAUAGCAUUGAGCGUUGCUUGAAAAAAGGUAAGAUUUUAACCAAUUUACUGCAUCCUAUUAAAUAUCCUUGGUUAUAGACUUUUUUGCCUGCCUGUAAUAUGGCAGCGUUAAGCCUACAUAAUUUAAUGGCAUAACUUAAGUAGAGUAUAAAGGUAAAAUGAAGUGAUCAUUUAUGAACAGUCUACGUGUUGAAUCCUUUGUGGACUAAGGAGGUAUGACAAGAUCUAGAUUUAACCUGGUCCUCAAGGGAGAAAUUGAGUGCAAGUGGCGUCUCCCACAAAAACAUAACUUGCAGCUCCUUAAGUCAUACUCCAUGGCUCUCUAGGUAAAGUUAACUAGGAGCACAUGUAUUCAUUUACACUGCUUUGUGCCAGUUCCUUAUGGAGAACAUCUUCAAACGGCACUCCUGCAUUACAGAAUAUUGGGACCUGGACAGUGGGAAAUACAUGACACUGGAAGAAUUGGAUGUUUUUGUUUAGUGUUGCCAUUGGAAAAGUAAUGGUUGCUUUUACUACACUCUUUAUGUGGAAGAAUAACCUGCAUGUGUCUGUUUCCAGGUAAAAGUGAAGAGCAGUGCGUGGCUGCAUCUCUGGCUUGCCUUCUAUGUUGUCAGCUUGGCGCAGGAAUUGAAUGCGAGGAGGUUUUCCGAUCUCUGGCACCAAUUCUAAGAACAAUAAUUUGUGACAGAAGUGCAAACACCCAGGCACGCCAAGCUGUAAGUAAUGCUCUGGAUCAACCAUUCCAUAUUACUGCCUUGUAUCCAAUUAGAAUUGGAAGGUUUCUGCUAAAUGUUUUAUACUUCACUGCCACCCACAAAGGACCAGUACAGGUAAAUCCACCCUCCUGCAGAGAUGUCAUCGCUGGGUCUUUGCAAAGGCCUCUAAUGGGGUGACUGUGCCGCUUUAAACUUUGAAAUGCUUAACGUGUGUUCACUUCUAUUUUAGCAAAAUUUAAAAUACUGUAAGUCAACUUAACUUUUCUUCCCCCCUCCAACAGUGUGCAACCUAUCUGGGUCUCUGCUGCUUUAUUGCCAGUGAUGAUAUUGAGGUAAGAAUGGAGCUGUAUUAUAUGUAGGGAGGGAAGUCCUUGCUGUUGGGUUCUUGUAGUAAGUGUGAAUUAUGACUUUCAGGAUUUGUACUCCGCGAUGGAAUGCAUGGAGAAUGUCUUCACCAAGCAAUAUCAUUCCGAAAAUGGAGCUGAUAAAUGUUCAGCACUUCACAUCCAGGCUCUCCAAUCGUGGGCUCUGUUGCUGACUAUCUGCCAUACCAGUGAAGUAAAGAAGAAACUAGAUAUGUAAGUAAACUGCUUCUUGCAAUGCUGAAUUGAUGCUGCACCAUGACCUUCAAUAGAAUGCUUAUAAAGGGGUUAUAGAAACUAACAUAUGACUAAUCCACAACUGCUGCUACCUGAUGCACUGCCAUUUCCUUCUCAUGGUUUUACCUAAACUCAUUCUUAUUGCUUGAUCGAUUUACUUAAUAUGGAUUAUUUUUGGGGGAUAGUUACACCAGGAAAGCCUUUAACUUGUUGAAAAGUCAUACUUCACACUUUUAAUGUCUUAUUUUAAUGUUCUGCAUGCUGAUGAAUCUGUUUCACUCUUAACAGACAUCUGAACAAACUACCAAGGCUGUUAUCUUGUGAUGAUGUGAACAUGAGGAUUGCAGCUGGGGAGACUCUGGCGCUCUUGUUUGAGCUGGCACGGGAAGCAGAUGCAGUAAGUACUUUAUCUAUUGGCAUGUAUUGACCAGGGUUAUUGGUCAGACUAGCGCUAUUUUAUAAAUCUGUGUAUAAAGUAAACUGUAGUGGCACUGAUCUACAGUUAAAUACUCAAACAUUUAUCUUGAGUUACUGGGAGUCACAUAUGUAAUUUAUGCUUUAGCUUAAUUUUGCAUUUCCUACUCUGCUUUUAUAGUCUUCUGAGCUACAUAGCUGUUAAUGUCUAAUGUCUAAAGUGGAAUUUGUAGAUGGUUUGCCAAAAUAACAAUUAUCGAAUAUACUCUUGGCAGCUUAAAGGGACACUGUAGGCGCUAUAACUAUUUAAUAUCAUUAAAUUGGUUAGUGCCUGGAGGCCCCAGGCACUUGCUCGGAGUUGGCACUGUGAUGGGCUGAAAGCUGUCAGCUCAGUUGCCUAUGCUAAUACUUCCUUAUUUCACCACACAGCACAGAGGGUAAGGGCUGCUGAGGACUCUCAUCUAAGAUUACAUUGAAAAACUGUUUAAUGCUGAAUAAAGAGCGUGCCAGGGGACUCCUAAAUAUUUAUAUAAUUACUUCAAUGGGACUUUUACAUUUUAGUGUCCCUUUAAAGCUACCUUUAAAACAUGCCAUACCACCUGAAUGAGAGCAGCUAAAUUUUUUACCAGAAGUGUAUUAAGAGGACCACUUUGCUAGUGACUGAAAGAAACUAGUGUGGUUAGUUUUUAAACAUUGAAUGUAUUGUCGUGCAUGUGGUAUUAAUGUGACUUUCCGAAACACUUGGCUUUCUUUUUUUUUAAACUUUGGUUUUCAAAAAAAGCAUGCAGUUAAAUGAGCUGGGGCACAGGAAAACAAUGUCACCUUGGUUACACCAAAUAUUGCUGUGAAUGUAAACUAAUACAGUCCUCUAAACAUGUAUACAAAAUAGAUAAAUAUAAAUUUACAAAAUACAUGCUGCAAAUGGCAUAAGAAUUGACUUUCAUAAUACCAGCUAUUCUCCAAUAUUCCUUUUUAUAAAACUUUAAUACCACAAAGUGGGAUGUUGCAUUCACAUGGUCAUGUCUUAGAAGUUUGUUACAUUCAUAAACUUUGAGGUUUGUGCUAAAUUACCCACCACUGCCUCCUGUGUGAUCUCUGGUAAUGGACAAAUUAACUGCAAAGGAAGAAGCACCCCUGUAGCAUAACUUCUGAUUUUUAAAACCUUUAUUACAGAAAACAUGUAUCAAGUUUACUUCAUAUCUAUAUGUAUGGUGGAGACAAGGACUUGUGAUUCCUCUCUCCUCUGAGGUGGGCUAUGCAUACUGUUGCAGCAUUUGAUGUACUCUCUGCAUGGUGCUGGAGUUGGGAGAGGGCUGGUGACUUAAAACUGAAAGUGCCUCUACCAAUCCCUAAGCUGGUGGUCCAGGCUACCCUUCCCACCCAUAAAUUUCCCCUCAUGGGGGGCUGGAUAUAAACGCUGGAAACUUUGAUCCCGGUCUGUCACUGAAAACUUUGUUGUUGUUGUAUUGUACGGGGCUUUUGGUUUGAAGACUGGCACAUGUUUUCUCAGUUUUUAUCUUGGUGUGUUUAUCAUAACUUUAAAGUGUUUUUCUCAGAUUAUUUUUCUUUGUUGCAGGAAGUGCCUUAUUCUUGAUGGUACAGUGUUUUCAUGAAAACUGGCUAACCUUUUUGCCGUUUGCAUUCUUGAACAGUUCUCAUGGUGACCUGUUUUCCUAAUUAUGAGCUCCAUGUAACACAUCCACAUUGGCCCAGAUGGACAGCGCCUGUGGGAAAGAUGUGUGGGAUGGUUUCUGAAUACGGAGACGUGUGGUCAUCCAGCAAUCAGAAAUGUUUGGGUUUAUCACUUUGCAUAUUUUCCAGAUGUUUCAGUGCUUCUCACAGAUCAUGAGUGCACAUUUAAUUAAAGGAGUAGUCUAGGCACUAUAACUGCUACAUGCUGAUAGCGCUUCAAUGCUGAACGCUAUCUCCAAUUGUUAAACUGUUUUCAGUUUGACCCAAAACUCUGAAGUACCCAGGUUGAUCCACAUUGGUAAUAUCAAUUUAUCUAACCCAUAUUUGGACAGAAUUCGUUGGCGGAAUGCAUCAACUGAUGGCUCAGCCAAAUAAAUGGUGUUGAAAAUAUGGAAGAAAUUGAUUUGGCUAGUGCGCAUGUGGAACUUCCAAGUUUGCAAUUUUGUGGCUGCCUUUGGUUACCUGGUUUUGGUCAAACUGCUAAAAUCCUUUUAACAACCAAAGGACACCACCUGGAGCCUAAUAGUACUGUAAUGCCAGUGUUUGCAUGUAGUAUCUAUGGUUCCUUGACCUCUCCUCUUGGUUUUGAAACUGUUCUGAAAAUAGUGAUUUGAUAAAGAACUUGAAAUGCUAUAGUCUGUUGGGUCAAACUUUAAUCCAGAGCCCUGGAUACUCUAGUGGUGGUUGUGCUCUUACCCUUAGUAUUUACACAUGUGCAUUCAAAAUGGAGCGCAGGACUAACUUUUUUCAAUUGUCUAGGACUUUUUUUAUGAAGAUUUGGAGCCUCUUACUCAAACACUGAAAGCUCUUGCAACAGACUGCAAUAAACAUCGGGCAAAAGUAGACAGAAGGAAGCAAAGAUCUGUCUUUCGCGAUGUCCUCAAAGCAGUUGAGGUAGUGUAACGAUUUUAUUUUAUCCCGGUUUCAAAAUAUAACUACUUGUAUAAAUUGUCAAAUUUCUUGUUUCUAAAUAAAAAUAAAAAAUAAAAUAAAACCUAAAACAUGGCCUGCAUAUAGUCUAGCCUUUAAUCAAAAGGGAUUUUGCAUAUAAUCUUUGCUUCUGGGAAAAGAUUGAAAUUGUGUAAAAUUUUACUAUUUAAUUUCUUGCAUUACACUGGUUUAAAAAUUAGACUUCUGAGAACUAGUUUGUCCUAGUUUCAAAUGUAUAAAAACAAAUGAUUGUAAGGAACCUAAUCUGAAAGGAAGCAUCUAGAUUUCAAAGCACUUUGCAAAACUAUCUAGAACUGUCCUCCCUGCAGAAACGUUCCCUAUAGAUAUGGGAAAACGGUGAAGCUAGUGAGGGGUCUGACCAUGCCUCAGCAUUUGCCUCAACAGCUUAGUUUUGCAACAAGUGUUAAAUAUCACAUCUGGACUUGACAGAGCAUUUUUUUUUUUUAACAGGAAGGUGACUUUUCGUCAGAAUCAAUUCGGUUUGGAAGAGAGCGAAUGCAUAUUGACAGCUGGGUGAAGAGGCUUACAUAUAGCAUAUUCAAAGAGCUGUUUGGAUCUGGCAUGCAAUAUCAUCUUCUGGUAAGGACAAAUGAUAUGGCCAUUAAAGUAUCAAUUCCUGCAGCCUUUCUGUGCUUUUCUGGUUUCUUUAAGACCUCAUAAUAGUCAGCAGAUCUUUUAGUCCUGAUUUGAAACUGUGUGCUGCAGGGUUACGUACAUUGAAGUAACUUUCCAUCCUAGCAAAUAUCUAGACCUUCUUCCGUAUACUUUAAUAAACUCUAUUGAAAUGCGAAGGGCCCAUUUUAUAACAAGAUGUAAACCUGUCUAACAGAACUAGAACAGUCAGAUUGCACAACCUGAGAGCAAACUAAAAUGUGUUAAAUGUCUGAACAUGACUUUACUGUUCAAAUGUCAUUGAUAUGGACUAUAUAUAAUUUUCUCUUUAGACAAAUGUGUUCUUGCGCAGUAUUUUUGAACUUGGUCCUCCUUUGCUCUUGGAUAAAGCUGCUAUGGAGGAGAUGAAAAUUUCUCGUGAUGAAAGGGUAAGUUAUAUAGAUCCUGGCAGUCAACUAGUAUGAGAUCUGUGAAUCCUAUAUGGCGUUAAAGCCUCUUAAAGGACCACUAUAGUGCCAGGAAAACACUCGUUUUCCUGGCACUAUAGUGCCCUGAGGGUGCCCCCACCCUCAGGGACCCCCUCCCGCCCGGCUCUGGAAAGGGGAAAGGGGUUAAAACUUACCUUUUUCCAGUGCUGGGCGGAGAGCUCUCCUCCUCCGUUCCUCCCCGCCGACUGAAUGCGCACGCGCAGCAAGAGCUGCGCACGCAUUCAGCAGGUCGCAUAGGAAAGCAUUUACAAUGCUUUCCUAUGGACGCUGGCGUGCUCUCACUGUGAAAAUCAGUGAGAAGCACGCAAGCUCCUCUAGUGGCUGUCAAUGAGACAGCCACUAGAGGAUUAGGGGGAAGGCUUAACCCAUUCAUAAACAUAGCAGUUUCUCUGAAACUGCUAUGUUUAUUAAAAAAUGGGUUAACCCUAGCUGGACCUGGCACCCAGACAACUUCAUUAAGCUGAAGUGGUCUGGGUGCCUAGAGUGGUCCUUUAAGAAUCCCGAUUUUUAAAUGUAACUAAACAAUCCUAAAUUUGAUAUGAAAUGGUUUUCAAAAAUCCUAGCCUGCGACCUUAUGCCACUCAUGGAACCGGUUCACCCUGAUCAAGUGGUAUUUGUUCCAGGGAGAGAAAGGAAAUACCACCAUGGUUCACAAUCUUAUACAUGCAAAGCAUCAGGAACUUCGACUGUAUUCUUUCCCAUUCAGAGAAGGCAUUGGAUAUGAUGGAAUUUUCUCUAUUUACCAUGUUACAAUACUGUGGAUGAACUGGAUUGAAGCUCUAUACUCAUCCCCCUAGUGCUAGAAUGUUUCAAUGGGCAGUUAGUCACCCAUACCUACUAAAAAGGCACAACACAGGUGCCACCAACACUCAUGCCCAUUCACAUGGGUUAAUAUAUCAAAUACCUAGGCAUAACCAUAUCAACUAAUCUGACCCAAUUGUAUGAACCACUUUUAAUACAUUCUGUAACAUCUUAAAUUAUGCCAUCCCAUUUCAGAUGGCUCUGUAGAAUCAAUAUCUACCUGGUUUCCUUUAUUUACCCUAAAUAUUACUAUACCAUUUCAAAGACUUCUCUUUAAAAAAUUUUUAAACAGGGUCUUCAGAACCUGAAAUAAUUGGCUUUUGUAAACUAAAGCCAAGGUGACUUAUCCAUCUUAUCUGUCUACUUGCACUUGUUCAGUAGCUGCUGAAUUUGCAGUUUUGCUGCCUGGAAAAAACAUAUCGCUAUUUGUAUAAUAAAGUCUAGUCUGCCGAGAACAAUUUUCCAUACAGAGGUUUUAAAAACUAAACAAGUUUAAAUGAAAAUUUAUUUUUCAAAAGUGAAGAAAUAUACUGCGUCUUUGUCCUGUAGUGCUGUUCUGUGACUUUUAUAAAUAACGAUUUUUAUUUUUUCUUACUAGCACAUGAACAACUCUGCUGCAUUCAAAGCCCGCACAAAGGCUAGAAGCAAACUACGUGACAAGAGAGCAGAUGUUGGCGAGUUCUUCUAAAUAUUCAGGAUAGGAUCAAGCUUGUGUGUGCAUUCACCCAUAACAAACCUAGUUGCUCAGACCUUUGUGAUAAGUUCAAGUAAAGUGAUUUACCUUGUGAAGCAAUAUUGAUGUUUCCUAUGCCAGUGACCCUUGCUAAUUUUAGUCACCUGAUCCUGGCUCUAUUGUGUUAAUCACUUUUCUAUUUGUAUAUUUACACAUGUAGGCUACCCACAUACUACACGCUGAUCAGGAACUUGCUAACCCUGUAAAUAUACAUACAUAUGCAGUGUGAUUAGCUGUAUUUGUGUAUGGUGUAUAUACUUAUGACUUUAAAAUGUAGUGUACACAUUUUAAUCUAUUACCAAGCUCAUUAACUGUAAAUAACCUUGCAUUCAGAUCCAGUUAUACAAAGAUAUAGACUGCAUAGUGCAUAGCCUCUUAUAAACUACAAAUAACACAGCACUAGCAUUUUCACUGUGAUUGUCUUUAAAGAUUCAGCUGUCUGUUAAUAAAAAUUAUUUUGCCUUGGCCAUCUGAAGUUUGUUUUGAGCAUGUAACACUAAACGAACAUCCGGUUACAAGAAGGUUUAAUGUUUGGGUCAGGUCCAACUGAUUAAGGCUGUGACCAAAGGAAUAGAAACCUGUAGCUUUGAUUGUUCAUUCCCAAUCCUAGCCACUGUAAUGGAGGCCUCCUGUUUCUAAAACACCUCCCUACUUAUUUGAAAUGCUGACCCACAGUUUAGCUUAUUUAAACUAUAGAAAUGGGAACAUUUUUAGUAGCAAUGUUUGGGGAUCUUACAUUGUCACACUGAAUUUUGUUCAAUUUAGAAGUUUGGUUAGACUUUAAGAAUGAAGCAUCUGUUUGAACCCAAUACAAUAAACAAUCUAUAAAUGUCUGAUUA